AUGCCGCUGGGGCACAUCAUGAGGCUGGACCUGGAGAGAAUCGCCCUGGAGUACGUCGUGCCCUGCUUGCACGAUAUCGGCUUCUGCUACCUGGACAACUUCUUGGGGGAGGUGGUGGGGGACUGCGUGCUGGAGCGGGUGAAGCGGAUGCACCGCGACGGGGAACUGGCCGACGGGCAGCUGGCCGGCCCCAGCCGCGGUGUCGCCAAGCGGCAUCUCCGCGGCGACCAGAUCAAGUGGAUCGGAGGCACGGAGGAAGGCUGCGAGGCCAUCAACUUUCUCCUGACGCUGAUAGACCGGCUGGUGAUGUACUGCGGCAGCCGGCUCGGCAAGUACUACGUGAAAGAGCGAUCCAAGGCCAUGGUUGCUUGCUAUCCUGGAAAUGGAACUGGGUAUGUUCGUCAUGUGGACAAUCCAAAUGGUGAUGGGCGCUGCAUCACCUGUAUUUAUUACCUGAAUAAGAACUGGGACUCCAAGCUGCAUGGUGGAAUUCUUCGAAUAUUCCCAGAAGGAAAGUCCUAUGUAGCAGAUGUUGAGCCGAUUUUUGACCGAUUACUUUUUUUUUGGUCAGAUCGAAGGAACCCACAUGAAGUCCAGCCUUCCUAUGCAACCAGAUAUGCCAUGACUGUGUGGUAUUUUGAUGCCGAAGAAAGAGCAGAAGCCAAAAAGAAGUUCAGGAACUUAACAGAUGCGAGGAAGAGAGAAGCACCUCUUAAUGAAGACUAA